AUGAAGUUACAUUCCCUCCUUCCCCUGGCCGCCCUGCUCACCCCUUCCUUGGCAAUAUUCGGCAUCAAUGACUUCGAGUGUGAACUGACAUCGGAGCACCCGAACCCGGUUGUCCUCCUCCACGGUCUCGGGGCCACGUACUACGAAGACCUAAACUUCCUCCAAUACUGGCUCCAAUCGCAAGGCUACUGCACCUACGCGCAAACCUACGGCGCAUACGACGGCUUCCCGCUCCUCGGCGGCCUGCGCCCGAUCAGCGAAUCCUCCAGCGAAAUCGCCGCCUACAUCCGCGACGUGGCCGACAAAACCGGUGCCAAGAAAGUCGAUCUGGUGGGCCAUUCCGAGGGCGCGUUCCAAUCGCUCUACGUUCCCAAAUUCCAGGGGGUCUCAGGCCUCCUCGAUAAGAUUGUGGCGAUCGCGCCCCCGACGCACGGGACUAAUUUCGGUGGUCUGUAUAAUCUGGCUUAUCUUUUCGGAAAUGUUUCCCGGGAGGUUGUUGGGGACGUGUUGAGUACGUUUGGGUGUCCGGCGUGUGAUGAGUUGGGUCCCGAUGGGGCUGCCGUGAAGCGAUUGAAUGAUGGUCAGCCUAUCCUGCAGUCGGGGAAUAAUCUGACGGUGAUUGUCUCGAAAUACGAUGAGAUGGUUACGCCGCAUGAGACGUCGUGGGUGGAGGGCGCCAAUAAUAUCUACGUGCAGGACUUCUGUCCCCUUGACCCCGUCGGACAUAUUGGGGAGGCGUAUGAUUUGAAUGUCUGGAACCUGGUCAAGAAUGCUCUCGAUGGCACGCCGGACAGGAAGUUCAUCUGUGUGAUUGGGUCGCCAGGAAAGAUCUGA